CCUCGCCGUGUGUCUCCCUCCUCAGCUGCUCGGAACGUUUUGGUUGGCCAACUUGUUUUCCUGCCGAACAAACCCGGAAGUUCCUCGCCGGACUAGUUUUGGAGCACAUCAUCGGUCUGGGCUUUUUAAGAUUCGCCCACGGAGGUCACCGCUUCCCCAGCUGUGAUAGUUGUUCAUAUCAGAGGCCCGGGCAGCGUGCAUGUCUGCACAUGUGCAUCUGAUCUGGCUGGUUCCCUGUGGAGAAUGUUCUGCAGCUAUCAGGACCGGCAGGAGUUUGAGGACGAUCUCUACCGGGGAGACGGUGAGGAGUCCCAGGCGUCCGAGGCCUCCAGCGAUUUGGAGUUCCGCCUCUACGGUCAGCUCCACUACUCUUCCAAGGAGCAAGAUGGAGAGCUUCAUGUGUCCGAAAAGGCCGCAGAGACUGUUGUCACCGGGAAAGUUCCAAACUCUGCGCCAUCUUCUGAAACAGUCAAGCACAAGAGUAAAAAAGGUGUCAAACAGAAGAAGAAAAGGGGAGUACCUCAAGUUCCAAGACUGUCGCCGUUUGAGGAGGUCGUGGUCAUUUACUCCAGCCCCGAAGUUAUCACCCUUUCUGACAGUGACAGCUCUGAUGAUGAUGAUGAUGACAAUGGUGUUUGUGCCCUGAAGGGUAGCGGGAAACCUCGAAAGCAAACGCCCACCUCAGACCAGCAGGCAUCCCUUAAAACUGUGGCAGUCAGUGCCCCAGUGUUGGUGGAUUCCAGCAGCUCCACUUCAGAGUCGGAGUCCGAAUGGGAGUCCGAGUCUGAUUCGGACGGUCUGGAGAACUGGAUGAUCCUGGGCGGGGGGCAGCAGGAUGGAGACAAUUGCAUUUCACUCAACUUGGAAGUCGGUCAUGACCUCCAUUCAGACAUUGAAGCAGACCACUCUGGCAACUGGCUGGUUUUGGAGAAGGACAAGAAGGCUCAAAUCCAGAAUAAACAGGGAGUGAGGCGCGCUCCUCCACGUUUUUCCAACCAACACAACAGAUACUACACGGGCGUUUGUCACAUGUGCAAAAGAACGGGACAUCUGUCCAAAAACUGCCCAAAUGCCGAAAAGACGUCGAUUUGCUGCUACCUUUGCGGCGGCUCUGACCACCAAGUCCAGACGUGUCCCAAUCAACACUGCAAGAACUGCGGGCUUCCUGGUCACCGGCAACAAUCCUGCAACGAGAGGCCGUUGUACGACAAAUGGUGCGACCGCUGCGGCAUCAAGGGCCACUUCAGUAACGGCUGUCCAGAGCAAUGGAGGCAGUACCACAUCACGACUAGACCGGGUCCUCCUGUCAAACCACAAGACCUGCACAACGUGAGACGACCCGCCUCCUGCUUCAACUGCUCCAGGAGAGGACACUUUGGCCACCUCUGCACCAGGGAGGGCAGGUUCAGAGGAAUAUACAUCAGCACGCCGGAGAUCAACUAUUACGACACCAAGAAGGAUAUUCCCCACAGGAAGCACAUGCUCCGGUCUUGGGUUGAAGAGCUGAAGAACUGUGGCUUCAUCCCCAGCGGUCUUCCCACGCCUGGACCACCCAAGAAGAAACACAAAACCUGCCACCAAGACAACCUCUUCGGUCCUAAACGUUCCCGGGUACAAGCCGGUGCCGCCGGGAUCUUCUCCCGCGGUCACAACCACCUCAAAGUCACCAAGUCGCACAAGAAGGAAGCACAGCAAAGCGGCGCCGGUGCCGCCAAACGGUGGAAACCCAAGCGGGCGGUGCCCAAAGAACGCCCCGCCCCUCCUCGAUUGGUCAAGGACCAGGAUGGAGACUUCCCCCGACAGUUUGGCGGAGCAGAGAAGAAGAAGAAGAAGGAUGUGUGGAAGAGUCGUGGGAAGUCCAAGAAGAGAAAAGAUGAUGAGAUGGAUCCUCCUGACGACGAUCUGUUCAUCAUCAAGCAGAGGAAACGCAAGCGAUAGCAGACGCCAUCUUUAUGUCGCAUCAUCAGUCCAUCUUUGACACUUUUAUAAGAAGACCAUCAAGGGCUUUUGCUGCAUUUACUACAAAAACAACAUUUGGAACCGAAACCUUUAGC